ACUUAAAAAUGAGGAGAGCCUGCCACGGCAAUACCGACUGGGUGGACAUCCCUUGGAAAGGUGCUGUCAUGGCUCACCCAGUUCAGCAGGAUGGGUGCAGUUGUGGUGUCAUUGUUAUAAAAAUGGCCAUAGCAGUGAUGGAAGCUUUCCCAGACGUUCCGACAAUACAAUUCGACACAACAAAGAGAGCCAUGGCAGAAGCGAGAAGAUUUAUGGCUCUCCAAGUCCUCAAAGCGUCAGUCUUUGAAAAUGAAUGCGGCAUGUGUGGAACGGACAAGGCCCCUGGGAACGCGGCUUCUUACACAGACUGGAUCCAGUGCGACGCAUGUGACCGUUGGUUUCAUGCUCUUUGUCUCAACAUGGUGAAGGCAACAUUGGACAGCUUAAAAAAACAAAAAUGGCUUUGUGUUUUGUGUGAAUAAAUGUGUGU